GCUGUUUGGUGUGUGGAGUCUGAGGGGAGAGUUCGGGGGGAUUUCAGCUUCUCUCCUCCAGUUCCGAUUAAACUCCGGAUUAAACCCAAAUCUCUGGAUUUAAACUCACACAGAUUCAGACUAAUUGUUCGGGAGUACCUGGAGGUCGUGAAUGGCUCUGAUUGAUUUGAGAGAAUUGUGUUUUUGUGCCUUUUUCUCCUCGCCGAAGAAGAAAUUUGACCCCCGUUACAGUGAAACUCCAUUUUGCCGUGAGAACACUCACACAUCUGCUUAACAACACUUCAGCACAGAGGACACAGACGCUGUGUAAAGGUCGGAGCUCGGGUUCGAUCCCAUCAUGGCGGUGUUCGGCUCACAGGUGCUGAUCGCGGUGACCAGAUCCAGGGGUUCGUACCUGCUCUCCAAGCGUCACGGCUGUUUCCCCCUCUCCUCCUCCUGCACCCGUUACCGCUCCCAGCUCCCAGGUCUAACCAGGCCCGUCUACCCUCACCUCCCCGGCCCCGCCCGCCCUCGGACGCAUCACGCUUCCGCUCGGACGCUCCACUCCUCCCGCUCCCGGCUGCAGGAGGUGAAAAGCACCCCCGCGCAGGGCGAACAGGCGAAGGCGGGCGUGGUCCCCGAUGCCGGUAAAGCCGCGGCUCGUAGGUCUGUAGGGCAGAGGGUUCUGGACGAGCUGAAGCACUACUACCACGGCUUCAGGCUGCUGGGGAUCGAUACCGAUAUCGCCGGGCGCAUGGUGUGGAGGCUGCUGCACGGGCAACAGCUGACCCGCCGGGAGAGGAGGAGGCUGAUGAGGACGUGCGCAGACCUGUUUCGCCUCGUCCCCUUCAUGGUCUUCAUCAUCGUUCCCUUCAUGGAGUUCCUGCUCCCGGUCUUCCUCAAGCUCUUCCCCGAGAUGCUGCCCUCCACCUUCGAGACCGAGUCCAAGAAGGAGGAGAAACAGAAGAAAGGUCUGGCCGCUAAACUGGAGCUGGCCAAGUUCCUUCAGGAGACCAUCGCCGAGAUGGCGUGCAGGAACAAAGCGGCGGCGGGCGGAGACCAGACGCAGCAGUUCUCCACCUACGUCCAGCAGGUCAGACACACGGGUGAGCAGCCCAGCACCCAGGACAUCGUCCGGUUCUCCAAGCUGUUCGAGGACGAGCUGACGCUGGAGCACCUGGAGCGCCCCCAGCUGGUGGCUCUGUGUAAGCUGCUGGAGCUGCAGCCCAUCGGCACCAACAACCUGCUGAGGUUCCAGCUCAUGAUGCAGCUGCGAACCAUCAAGUCCGACGAUGAGAUGAUCGCUGGAGAAGGUGUUGCAGCGAUGAGCGCUAACGAGCUCCAGGCCGCCUGUAGGAGUCGUGGAAUGAGAUCUCUGGGCCUGACCGCAGAUCAGCUCCGUCAACAGCUCCAGCAGUGGUUGGAUCUGCACCUGAACGAGAACGUUCCUCCAUCCUUGCUGCUGCUCUCCAGAGCCAUGUACCUGACAGAUCUCAAACCCCCCGUCAUCCCCCCCGUACCCCAACUGCAGAAAGCUCCAGUGGAGAGUGAAGCUCCAGAGAAACCCCUCUCCUCCUCCUCCUCCUCCUCCUCCUCCUCCUCCUCCUCCUCAGUGGAAAUGCUGGCUGAUUCUGCUCCCAUCACUAAAGACAGGAAGUCGGAGGAAUUGGUGGACAAGCAGCGAGACUUGGACAUGCCAUCACCCGAGGCUCAGUUAAUCCACGCUAAAGAAGCAGAAAUGGCUCAGAAAUCCAAAGUCAGCGCUAACGGACUCUGAUCCAUCACGGUCGUCCUCUUCCUCACUUUACCUUCCACUCCUGCCUGAGACUGGACUCUCUCACUCCCUGUUACUGGCCGCUCGGUGCUCCCGGAGCUCUUGGAUGUGUCCGCUUCUCUCUGGGCUCAGGAACCUGCCAUGUUUUUGUUUGUUAGUCGGAUCUUAUUGUGUACAUUUUGUAAAUAAACUGUAAAAUAUAACUGCCAUGUUAUGAAGUAUAUUAUAUUGUGGACGCCCGGCUGUGUCGAAAGCUAAGAAGGGCCUUGCUCAGGGGCCCAACAGUGUCUAUAAUGGGGUUUAAACCAGCAGAUUUCUGAUUACUGAUUCCAGUACCUUGAAUUAGAAGCCACUUGUCUAUAUUUUAUUGCAUGUUCCCCUGAUUUAGUCAUAUUCCGGGUUCAUACGGAGAUCCGUAUGGCGCACGGAGGGUCGCGCACCUUAUCUUCGUUAUCCCCAGACUCAUCGAUCAGCCAGCAGAGGGCGUAACUGCAGCAGCUCUGGCAUUUUUACCCUCCCCUGGGCGACCCAGUCACUGUCUGUAUGGGCACCCCGACAGGCCGUUAGCAGCUUUCAUCCAAACAAAUAACCUCCAGAAAAAUGAGAGAUCUGUUUUAAUGAUGCUCGAGGGUACCAGGAUGUGACCAGGAUCUAAUAGAUCCCUCACCAGGGAUCUGGGUUAGGGUUAGGUGGUCCUAAUGUUUUGGCUAGUAAGUAGAUGAAAUGGCUGCUCAGAACCGAGUGGACUCUCUGAAAGGUUGGGAUAUGUUAGGAUUUAUCAUGUGGGACGUCCCACCACACGUCCUGAGGUGCAGCAGCAGCUGGAGAACAUGCUGAACAUCUGGAGCGUGGAUCUUCAGCAGAAGAAGAAUGUCGGGUAUCAUGUGAGGCACCCUGGGGUUCGAGAGCCUUUAAAUCGACGCCUUCAAAACCUGAAACCCCAAACUGAGCCGCUCUCGAACCUCCAAAUAAAUAAAUAAAAACAAACAAAAUGUUUAAUUUUAACUGUAAUAAACAGUCGAUGAAUAAACCUGUAACUACUGCUAAAUUAUUUUAUUAUAAAUAAAUCAGUUCUGCUUUCUGUAAA